UUUACUAGAGGGCGGUUACGCUAAAGGACACGAGCACACGCGCAGCCACGCGCACGUCCUCCAGAGGUGCAGCAGCCUCGUGCACGCCCCCGCUCUCCGUCCGUGCACGCGCAGUCACAGUGGAGACAGAGGUUGUAAACAUGGCGGCGGACGGAAUGGUGCUCACCAACCACGACCAUCAGACCCGCGUGGGAAUUUUGACAGUCAGUGACAGCUGUUACAAGAACCUUUCAGAAGAUAGGAGUGGAGUCAACCUGAAAGACUUAGUUCAUGACCCCUCCCUUCUCGGAGGAGUCAUAUCAGCCUACAAAGUAGUUCCAGAUGAGGUCGACGAAAUCAAGGAAACACUUUUGGAAUGGUGUGAUGAACAGGAGCUCAAUCUCAUUCUCACUACAGGAGGAACUGGAUUUGCACCCCGAGAUGUUACACCUGAGGCCACCCGGGAGGUGAUUGAGCGCGAGGCUCCGGGCAUGGCUCUGGCCAUGCUGAUGGGAUCUCUCAAUGUUACACCGCUUGGCAUGUUGUCCAGGCCAGUCUGCGGGAUUCGUGGUAAAACCCUGAUCAUCAAUCUUCCAGGGAGCAAGAAAGGCUCACAGGAGUGUUUCCAGUUCAUUCUGCCCGCUCUGCCCCACGCCGUGGACCUUCUGCGUGAGGCCAACGUCAGGAUCAAAUCCACGCAUGCCGCCUUGGAGCAGCUGCCCUCCCCGUCCUCCCUGAUGGCCAACACUCACGCCAACGCCCAUGCUCACACACACACCAUGGAGCGUGGCACCCAGUGCGAGGACGAGGACGAGGAGGAGGAGGAGGACAGGAGGAGAAGCAGACACGUGCACAAUCACCACCAUCACCAGCACGGCUCCUCCCACAUCACCGCAGCCGCCAUCGCUGCCAAGACGAGCCAUGCUGUGGUCAUGGCGAAGGGAGCCCCAUACCUGCCUGGAAACUCCCCCGCCCCCCCCGCUCAUUUCACCUGUUCCUGCACGCAUGAGCAGCCGAUCCCGGACUCGAUCAUAUCUCGUGGCGUUCAAGUGCUUCCUCGAGAUUCUGCCUCGUUAAGCUCCACCCCUUCCGAGUCACCGCGGGCGACACAGGCAACCUCCCGUCUUUCCACCGCUUCAUGCCCGACACCCAAGGUCCAGUCUCGCUGUGGCAGCAAUGAGAACAUCCUGAGAGCCAGUCACAGUGCUGUUGACAUCAGUAAAGUGGCUCGUCGUCAUCGCAUGUCUCCGUUCCCGCUGACGUCAAUGGACAAAGCCUUCAUCACUGUUCUAGAGAUGACUCCUAUUCUGGGAAUCGAAGUCAUUAACUACAGAGAUGGUUUGGGUCGGGUGCUUGCUCAGGACAUCUACGCCAAAGACAACCUCCCUCCCUUCCCCGCCUCGGUGAAGGAUGGCUACGCCGUGCGCGCUGCCGACGGCCCAGGAGACCGCUUCAUCAUGGGGGAGUCGCAGGCCGGACAACAGCCCACACACACUGUGAUGCCGGGUCAGGUGAUGAGGGUGACGACCGGCGCUCCCAUCCCCUGUGGAGCCGAUGCUGUGGUUCAGGUUGAAGACACGGAGCUUCUGAGGGAGUCUGAGGAUGGCACAGAGGAGCUGGAGGUGAGGAUUAUGGUCCAAGUGCGGCCCGGACAAGAUAUCAGGCCGAUUGGACACGACAUCCGGCGGGGCGAGUGUGUUCUGGCUAAAGGCACUCAUAUGGGCCCGUCUGAGAUCGGCCUGCUGGCCACAGUGGGCGUGACCGAGGUCAGCGUGCACAAGUUCCCCGUGGUGGCGGUGAUGUCCACCGGAAACGAGCUCCUGAACCCAGAGGACGACCUCCACCCAGGAAAGAUCCGGGACUCCAACCGCUCCACUCUGCUCGCCACCAUCCAGGAGCACGGAUAUCCCACCAUUAACCUCGGCAUUGUGGGAGACAACCCUGACGACCUGCUGUCGGCUCUCCACGAGGGGAUCAGCCGUGCUGACGUCAUCAUCACCUCAGGGGGCGUGUCCAUGGGAGAAAAGGACUACCUGAAGCAGGUGUUGGACAUUGACCUCCAUGCUCAGAUCCACUUUGGACGAGUCUUCAUGAAGCCCGGGCUCCCCACCACCUUCUCCACUGUGGACAUCGAUGGAACCCGGAAGCUCAUCUUUGCUCUUCCAGGAAACCCGGUGUCAGCAGUGGUGACGUGUAACCUGUUCGUGAUUCCUGCCCUGAGGAAAAUGCAAGGCAUUCUGGACCCACGGCCCACCAUUAUAAAAGCUAGACUCUCCUGUGACGUGAAGCUGGACCCCAGACCCGAGUACCACCGCUGCAUUUUGACCUGGCACCAUCAGGAACCUCUGCCCUGGGCCCAAAGCACAGGCAACCAGGUGUCCAGCAGGCUGAUGUCGAUGCGCAGCGCCAACGGCCUGCUGAUGCUGCCCCCCAAGACGGAGCAGUACGUGGAGCUGCGCAAAGGGGAGGUGGUGGACGUGAUGGUCAUCGGGCGGCUAUGAUGCAGACUCACAGGUCAUUUGCUACCGGUUGCCACGGCAGCCCCUGAACAUCCUGAUGGGACGAGAUAUGGGUGGGGGCAGGAAGUGAUGCAUGUCUAUCUGGUUGCCAUUAGCUGUGAUGUCAUAUGCAACAGCCAAUCGGAGCCAGCGCAGGCCGAGUCCUCUCUGCUUUGAGCAGAUCACUGUAUUUCAAUGAAGAAAAAAUAGAGAAAAUAUGAGAUUUAUUCUGUAAUAUUAUUAUUAUUAUUAUCCUAAUGAUGAUUAUCAAUAUUCUAAGUUAUUCUAUUUAUUAUUAAUAUCAUUCUGGUUCUGAUGGUAGUACUCAUGCCCCUUUCUCCUCUUCAGUUUGUGCGAUUUUCUCUGGUAGGUAUAAAAGUAUUUUCCCUUCCUCCA